ACGGCAACUCCGCGUUCCACGCCUUACUAUACAAGUGGGGGGCCAAUGUCAUCCAGUGGGCUGAUGGAUUCCCCGGUGCGAACAGGGACUUCAAUUUGCUGCUCAACAAGCUCCACCUGAAGAGCUUCUGGGUGCUCAUGUGCGGCUUUCGGAAUCUACCCCGCGGCAGGCCCGAGCACAACGACGACAGGCAGGAGCUCACCCGUGCUGGCGUGAACUGCCCUGGGGAGCGGGACGUGGACUCGGAGCUCUGGGACUAUUUGAAGGCCCAGUUCCCCUUCAAGCCCAUGGGCUCUAGGUGCUCGUUCGGGCGUUUCCUCUCGGUGGUGAAAAAGUCGAUGGGUCGACUGCCCGAGUGGUACCAGGACGCCUUCUCCAGGACCUACACCGCGAUCGAGUGCGACUUCUUGAGGGGCAAGAGGUUCGGGGCCGAGAUUCGCGUGGCGUGGGCGCCAGCUGGGUCCGCUGGCGACCUUGCGCACACCCGCCGAUCCGUCAUCGACACGAUCGACAGGUCCGUUCGCGGCAGCUGCGCUAACGCUGUGAGCCUGAGCGUGUUGAUGCUGUCCAACGACCGCAACCGCAGGCUGUGCAGCUGCGUGCUCGCAGCCUGCCAGCCUCUCAAACUGUGGGAGGGGCGCGCCAACGAGAUCAACCGAUCCGCGGCCGAGUGCAGGGGCUGGGCCAUCGACCAGACCACUGGUGGCUUCAUGGGACACUUGAAUGCGAUGUUCACGGCGUUGAGGUCACCAGGCCUCGUUGCCGACGCUGGCUUCGUCACCGACACAGUCAAGCCACUCGCUGGGGAGUUGGAGGUGGUGCUGGCCGUGGAGGCGGAGUUCGCGGACAUCGUCGGCAAGGCUGUGAGCUCGCUGGCGGGGUUGCGCGUGCGUAGAGGGCUCUGGUAUCUGCGUGGUUGGCCUCAGUCGGCGCGCGCCUUCCUCAAGGGCCAGGCGUGGCAGGAUAAGACCAUGGCGAGGUUCACGAGGGACGAGGGCAACUUCAAGGAGCUUUCGGCGAUGGGCCACGCGGGCGCCUGCGAGAAGAAGGUCAAGGGCCGCCGCCAGUUCAGCGCGACGCCCGUCAAGCAGCUCGUUCGAGCGUUCGAGGGGACAGGCCAUCGCGUGACAAGCGACGUGUAUAAUAAUAUCGAGGGCAUGUUCGGAGGCCCACUUCAGACCCAGCUUAUCGAGGCGAUAAACGGGGUGCAGAAUAACAGGAAGAGGGCGAAACACAGCACCACCUUCAGGAAGCCAGAGGCCUGCUUCGCCGCCGCGCUCGAGAGCAACAUCGUUUCCGAUAAGCACAGGUUCUUACCAGUGCAGGCGGACAUCCCCGUCGGGCAGAGGACCAUGAGGUCCCCGAGGGACACGUUCGAGCCGAAGGUCACGGAUAGGAGCCUUCCAUUCGAUGAUAUCGUCAUCACGUCCUCUACAACAGCGUGGCAUUCCCCUUGCAGCAACGACAACUGCGUCAAGAUCGCCGACCUCCAGAUGAUCGAAGACGCGAAGGACGCUGCGGGGUUGAUCCCAGUCGGCAUGCUCCAGAAGGCUUGGCAGGGCGUCUUGCUGGACGCGGCGAGCGAUCUCGUGGUGGGCACCAAGAAGCGCGACGACCCCGACAUGACGUACUACUUGGCCUUGGCUUCGUUCGAGUCGCCCUCUUGCGCCGCGUGGCCGUUGAAGGCCAGAAGAAUUCCAGGAUGCGAUGCGGAGUGGUUUGGCCUCGCCGAGGACUGCAAGAGCCCGGCCUUAAACGCGACUUUCGACAUGACAACCGUGACUGCCUGCAGUAUCGAGUGGCUCCCUCCGCUGGACGUGCUCCACAGGUUCCCGAAGGCCAGGGGCUACUUCAAGAACUCCAUCGCCGUGCUCCCCAUCAGGAAGGGUUCCUGGGGCAAGUUGCCCAAGGUGGCAGCUUGUGCAGCGUUCUGGUCGUUGGGUAGGUCGACGUUGGACCAGAUCGCGGAGUUCGUGGGGGCUCCGAUCGAGAGAGGGUCGCCGCUCUUCGCGCAGCUCUUCAGCUUGGUGAAACACAUCGCGAAGCUCCCAGACGCGGCG